AUGUUGUUACGUCUUUGGCAGAAUUUGCGAUUACUUGAAAAGACACUUUCUGAUCAUAAUGAAUAUAGAAUGUAUGCAACGGUUGUUACAGAAGGACUUAAUUUUGCAACGAUAGAAUCUGAUAGCAAUUAUAAUUCUGAUCAAGGUAUUCUUGAUAUUGAUAAAGUUCGAAUAUUACCUAUGUCACACGAAUAUAAUCCAUCAAGUGUACAUGCUGGUCUACUUAUUUAUUCUGUUGAUGGUCAAACAGAUUUUAUUUUAAAUGAUGCUAUGUUUCGCAUGAAAACAGGUGAUAUAAUAAUACGCCAAAUUCAUCAUGUAUUUUCUGGACCAAAUGAAAUGAAUGUUUAUCGUGAUUUAAUACGAACAUUAUUCGGUACACAUCGUAUAAAUCUUAUCGGCUUAGUAUUUACAUUUAGUGGUGAUGGACAAUUUACUAAUUGUAUGAGAUGGGGUCCAAUGCCACCCCAUACAACCCCAAUCCAUUCAACUGAACAAAAAUUACUUGAAAUUGUACUUGUUACACUUUAUAUGAAUAAAGCAUGGUUAUCAAUGCCAAUAGCAUCACAUGUUGAUAUGGAAACAUUAUUUCAAUCAGGUAAAAAACAAUAUCUUUUAAAAUUAGCUGACAUAGAACAAUUAUUUCAUAAACGACGAAAACAACGAGAAAAACAUCAUUAUUUACAAUUCUCCAAUUUGUUGAAAUUAACUCAUCAUUAUUCAUCAGAUGAUUUUCGAUCAUUUGAAUGGACACCAAAUAGACAACAAAUGUUUGAUGAAACAAUUCAAAGUUUACUUAAUGAAUUUUAUAAUAUUAUUUUACAAACAUUUCAAGAUGAAGAAUUUGACAGUGAUGAAUAUGUCUAUUAUGAUAAUAAUACAAAAAGAUUAUUUUCAAAUUUAGUUCAUCAAUAUACACCACUAACACCUGCACAAAAUUAUUAUUGGCCACAAGAACAAUAUUUUUAA